CCCACACCCACCAUACCCUCCACACAAAAUGGCCCUCAAACCCGGCGAUUCCUUCCCCUCGGACGUAGUCUUCCAGUACAUCCCCUGGACCGAAGAAAGCGGAGAUAUCACGGCGUGCGGCAUCCCCAUCAACUACAACGCGAGCCAAGAAUGGGCCGAUAAGAAGGUCGUUUUGUUUUCGGUGCCAGGCGCAUUCACCCCCACCUGCUCGAUCAACCAUGUCCCAGGGUACAUCCAGAACCUACCCCAAUUGAAAGAGAAGGGCGUGCAAGUGGUGGCGGUGAUUGCGUCGAAUGAUUCGUAUGUGAUGAGUGCGUGGGGGAAGGCGAAUGAUGUGAAGGGGGAUGAUAUUCUGUUUCUGAGUGAUCCCGACGCGCGCUUCUCGAAUUCUAUCGGCUGGGCGAAUGCGGGUCGUACGGGACGGUUCGCUAUUAUCAUUGAUCAUGGUAAGGUCACGUAUGCGCAGAUUGAGACGGAGAGGGGGGUGGUUAAGGUUUCGGGCGCGGAUGCGGUUCUGGCUCAUUUGUGAUAGAUGCAAAUCUCUAGGUAAUUCUCACUAGAUAUGAAUGGAGCCAGCCAUUAUUCAGAGCAUAAUCCAGUGCGUAAUUCUUCG